AUGCUGCCGCCUCCUUCCAGGAAGUGGCAAUCACUUCCGGCGGCCUGCACCGGGGCCGCCCCGCCCGCGCGUCGCCAUGGAGACGGGAUUUCUUUUAUUUUAAUUGGCUCCGCGGGCUUCUUCCCCUAUGGCGUCAGAGCGACGCGCUGUGAUGUCAGGUGGGGCCCGCCUCGGAGGGAAGAGGGAAGAAGGUCAGUGCCAGCGGAGGGAGCUCACUUCUGGCACCCUCCUGGGACAGCUCAGUACAGCCGGGAAACUCGGGAGCUACUGAAAGCAAUGAUGGAUGAGUCCAAGCUUAUGAGUUUCCAGAGGCGGCACCUGAUGGAUUGUGUGAAACGAGGAGAUACCCUGCCCCUCCAGUGCAACCCCACAUCCAGCAAAGACCCACAGCCUGCAGAGUCUGCUUUCUCUCCCUCAAAGCUUUGUCUGCCAGGCAGGCUUCCAGCUAAACCGCAUCUUCGACCUGCCAAGAUCUGCCAGGCAGGAGAUGCCUAUACCCGAGAGAAAUUCAAGCCACAGGCAAGGCGAGAUUUGGAAAGGGAGAAGCAAAGGCUCCAAAAUAUUUUGGCAACAGGGAAAGAUGUGAUGGAGCACAAAGUGAAGCAGACGCUCGUUCAAACAAAGGAGGAGAAGACACCUGAGGUUGACCGGUUUGAAGAAUUGGUGAAUGAAGUUCAGGAGAGGAAGGAGUUCCUGGCAGAGAUGGAAGCUUUAGGACAGGGCAAAAAGUAUCGAGGGAUUGUCCUCACUGAAAUCUCGCAGAAACUGCGGGAGAUGGAGAUCAUUGACAAGAAGAGAAGUGAGGAUAUGAGAGAGAUUGCAACAAAAGACUUUCCAGCUGGGAACAAAUCUGAUUCCUAUGACUAGGCCCAGAAAAACCAGAGCAACUUGGUCCCAACUCUUCUUCCCUUACCAUCAGAGUUUCAAGAGCUGGUCUGUGCCUAUCAGUUUCUCAAGGAUCCCCUUGAAGAGUGGACAGUACCAUCUGCUGCCUAAAGCCAGAAGCAGGAACAAUUUAUCACAGCCAGUAGCAGAAGAAAACUGUUGUAAAAUCCUGCCCAUGCACCAGAUCCCUUCUGCAAGGGGCAUUCUUGCUCAACAAUAUUAAGGAGAUGAAAACAUAUAGGAGUAGCCUUUAAAAUAUGACAAAGCAGACCCUUCUUUUGGCUAUGCAAUGCUGCAAAAGCACAGCAAUUCACAGCGAGAAAGUCACACUUUUUUCCCAUUCAACCCAAAGCCUGGAGGUUUCUAGUGACAGUAAGAUGCUAACGCAAGUGUUGCAGUCUACAUCUAUGACCUACUUCUGUCUGCACAGCCCUGAGAAUGGCUGUGUUUCCAGGUGGUGGGGAAGAAGAUGCACUACAUGGUCUCACACAAACACAAGCUUCUAGUAUCACUGUAUUUCAGAGUGAUUGCAUGCAUCAGCAAACUACUCAGCAGCAGUUAAAAUAGGCAGGUGCUCCGGGAAACAGCUGUGCUGAGAAGAGAGGGAACUUCAGAUCAGGGCUUUCUGCUCUUGCUGUGUGCAGGCUUGCUGUGUUUUUUCUUUUUUUGGAUUUAUCUGCUUUUUAGUAAUACUCUGUCAACCACUCUCCAAGGAUAGGUGGCAUGCCCUCUCAGCAUGAGUGCAGAAAGGAAUAAAAAAAAA